CCACUCAGGGGAAUUCACUGCCCAGCUCUGUUUCCUAGGCAAUGUUCUGAGAUGGAGAGGCCACAGGAAGGUGGGAAGGGGCUUUCCCAAGACAGGGACUCUCUACAGACAGAGAGCUAUUCUGCAAUUUUUAUGCUCCAUGAAUGCCACCCAGAUGAUUUGGAGCUAGGCUCUGUUGGAAGCUUCUCCUGCAGUACUGUCAACUACUCCAGCAGUCAGGGCCUGAGCAUGGGUCCAAUUGUGAUUGAUAUGGGCACAAGGAGCUGCAGAGCAGGGUUUUCAGGAUACCAUUCCCCCAGCGCUGAGGUCAGCACCCUGGUGGGCCACCGCAUGGGCUCAGAAGAAACCAGGGCUGGGGUGAUUAUUGGAGAGGAGGCAUUGCUGUACCCUGACAUAAAAACCACAGAGGUGAUGCACAAUGGCUUCAUCAUUAACUGGGAGGCAGCUGAAAGCCUAUGGAAGUACCUCCUUGAACAUGAGCUCCGGGUGAACCCUGAGGACCACGCGCUGCUCCUCACAGAGCCACUGUUCAGCCCCACCAGCAGCCGGGAGAACAUGGCAGAGGUGGCCUUUGAGGUGCUGGGCACUCCAGGUCUCUUUGUGGCCCCUCAGUUGGUCCUCUCUGCUUAUGCACAUGGCAAGAUCAGUGCUCUGGUGCUGGAUAUGGGCCAUGAGGCCACCCGUGUCGUGCCGGUGCUGGAGGGCAGGAGCAUGGCAUGCAGCUCCAAGCAGACAGAUGUGGCAGGAAGGUGCCUUACGUGGUAUCUUUCAACUCUUCUGGAGGACAUGGGGCAUGUGCUCAGAGAGGGGAUGACCCACAUGGUGGAGGGCAUCAAGCGUGCGUGCUGCUACAUUGCUGACGACUUCCAAAGCGAGUGUCUCCUCCCACCCAGCUCCCACACCAUGGAUAUUUCCCUGCCCAACGGGAUGACACUUACCCUCAGCAAGGAGCGCUUCCAGUGCCCAGAGGCGCUCUUCAACCCUCCGCCCAGCUGGGGAGAUUCCUUCGUGAGCAUCCAGGAGACAGUGCAGAACAGCGUUGCACAGCUCCCGGAGGAAAUCACACCCACCAUGUGUGCCAAUAUUGUCCUGUGUGGGGGCUCCUCACUCUUCAAGGGGCUGCAGAAGAGGUUGUGCAGUGAGCUCCUGGGCCACCUGCCAUCCAGCACUACUAUGAAGGUGGGGGGCUCAGAGCUGCGGCGACACGCAUCAUGGACAGGGGGAUCCAUCCUCGCCUCACUCUGCAACUUCCAGUCAUGUUGGAUCCGCCGCAAUGAGUACUAUGAGAUAGGGCCACGCAUCGUCCACCAGAAGUGCUUCUGAAAUGACAUCCCAAAGCCAGCAAGAAACAGCAUUGGUGCAGUUUUAUCACAGCUACAGACCAAGCAGUAAUAAAUAAUUUUGUACCACCUGA